CAUAGACUUUGAUCAGCAUAUCCGUAUCUUAUGCUAGUUAAAGUUACAAGUAAAUCCCAUCUUCGAGACUCCCUUUUGUCCACCUCUCCCGGGGCUCCUCCUCAUAAAUAAGCCCCCCAGGUUGUUGAACUCCCAAAACUCUCUAAGAUUUGCUUUCAGCACCGACAAUGGGGAAAGAUUCAACUUUCGGAGAUGGGGUACUGAAAAAGAUCAUCCUCUCCUACACCUAUGUCGCCAUAUGGAUCUUCCUCUCCUUUACUGUUAUAGUUUAUAACAAGUACAUUCUUGACCGAAAACUCUACAACUGGCCAUUUCCCAUUUCACUAACCAUGAUUCACAUGGCUUUUUGCUCUUCCUUGGCCUUUAUAGCCGUCCGGGUGCUCAAGCUCGUAGAGCCCGUUUCCCUUUCUCGACAUGUCUACCUCACCUCAGUUGUCCCCAUUGGUGCCCUCUAUUCACUCUCCCUAUGGCUGUCAAACUCUGCUUAUAUUUAUCUAUCUGUCUCAUUUAUCCAGAUGCUUAAGGCCCUUAUGCCUGUCGCUGUGUAUACAAUUGGGAUCCUGUUCAAAAAAGAUGCUUUCAAGAGCAACACCAUGGGCAACAUGCUUGCCAUUUCUCUUGGUGUCGCAGUUGCUGCUUAUGGUGAAGCCAAGUAUGAUUCUUGGGGCGUUUUUCUCCAACUGGGUGCGGUUCUUUUCGAGGCUACAAGGUUGGUUAUGAUUCAGAUUCUAUUGACUUCAAAGGGGAUAAAUUUGAACCCAAUUACUUCACUUUACUAUGUUGCCCCUAGUUGCUUGGCCUUUCUUUCCAUUCCCUGGAUUAUAGUGGAGUACCCUAUGCUGAAGCAGAAUUCGGGAUUUCAGUUUGAUUUCGUUAUUUUUGGUACUAAUUCACUGUGCGCUUUUGCGUUGAACUUGGCUGUAUUCUUGUUGGUUGGAAAGACUUCGGCUUUGACCAUGAAUGUGGCUGGAGUGGUGAAGGAUUGGCUGCUGAUCGCGUUUUCAUGGUCCGUGAUUAAGGAUACUGUGACGCCUGUGAACUUGUUUGGGUACGGAUUGGCAUUUUUAGGCGUGGCCUAUUAUAAUCACUCGAAAUUGCAGGCUUUGAAGGCAAAUGAGGCGCAUAGGAAGGCGCAGACAGCAGAGGAGGAGGCUGGAAAAUUGUUGGAAGAGACAGAAGGAGAUGGAAUGGAGAGGAAGGGAGAUGCAUAGGUGCAAUUGGAAAAUUAUUGAGUUAGGAAGCAAAUAAUUGAAAUAAUCUAAGAGGUAGGAGUGGAUCUGGGAUUUGAACAUGAUGUCUGAUGAAUCUGGAAAUGUGGUUUAUUUAGUUGUUCUUGGUUUAUGAGGUCCCCAUUUCGCCUAAGUAGAGUAAAAAUCUCGAUUGCCUUGCAUCUCUUUUCGAAUUUUUUCCUACAUUUCCCAUGUUUCCUUCCUUGUCUAAAAUAGACACAUUACUUUUUAUUUUUUAUUUUAAUGAAUUGUCAAGGCUUAUGCGAAUUGAUCAUUGUUUUUUAA